UUUUAAUUAUAAUUUGUAAGUGAAAUAAUGCUAAUUUUUAUGUAGUUAGUUGUUUUCUUUUGUUUAAAAAAAAGGGAAGCAAUGAGCUGGAAAUCUUUUUUCAGAUGAGGGCUCAGGUUGAGGCCACACCAUCAUACCCUGGCGGCAAUAGGUGGGGAUUUUGCUGUUGCAAAAAUGGAUUAAUCGCAGUGUGUAUUUAAUGUAUAUACUCAGUGGAGAUUGCACAUAGUUACUGUGUGCAAUGUUUUGACUUUUUUAAUACAUAUUUUUAAAAUAAAUUAUAACUAUUUUAGACUGACAUUUUACAUCAUAAAAUUCAUUUAAAUUUCUGCUUACAUUUUAACCAGUAACUUUUUGAUAAUUUAGGAAUAUUUCAUUUGCAUAAAUUUUAAUGCCAUUAAAAAUACUUGAGAUAGUGAUUUCACUCUAAAAUAUAUAACCCUUCUCAAUGUUUUAACUUACUGAUGGAAUAUAAUUUUAAAAAAAGGGUUUGUAUUAUAUAGAAACACACCCAGUUCUACUUUACAACUAGAAUAGUUAAAAUUAGAUCCUUCCAAGGUUAUCAUUUACUAUUUAAAAACAUUGAUCAUAGGAAUCACUCUAUUACUGAACAAUUAGUUGUUUUUUUUUUCCUAUUAACUUCAAUUUCCAAAUAUACUGUAGCUUUGUUGAAUAUAUUGUUAGUUUACUUAUGCUAUGGUAGAUUAAUCAUGAAUUUAUGCUAUAAAACUCUAGCUGUUGUAUGAUGAAUGCUGAAGAAAGCAUGGUGUCCUGAUCAAGUUCUGGUAAGUUUGCACAAUAACAUGUCAAUGUCAUCAUGAUAUGGAUACAAAAGCAGUUUUCAAAAUAAUCUGCUUUAACUCUUUCAUUGCUUUUCCCCCUUCAUCUUUUCAUAACUACCCUCAUUAUUUUAUUGUGCUGACAUUUUGCUACAGGCUAGUAGUAUUGAUGAUCAACAGAUUUUGAAUGAAUGCUCCUGUUUGCUUACCUGGUUACUUAAAUCUGUCAUACUUUUGGGAAGCUUACGUAAGUGUAACCUUAGUCUGUUUUUCCCACCCCAAAUGUGUCAGCACCCCAUGCCACUUAAAUUUUUUUUUUUUUAAUCUCUUUUCAUGAAACUUAGCUUUGGUUAGUGCCUCAUUUCUUCAGCAAUAUAAAAUGGAAGAGUUAAAGCAAGUAUUUUUAUUCCUUGUAAAUGGACUUGUUCUGCAGUAUGAACAUUAGAAAUCAAAAAGAUUCCACAGGUUGCUACAAGGCAGGAUUUCAAACCAGUGAUUUGAUAAGUACUUUUUAAAUCUUUGUGUGCUCACAUCAAGGAAAUCAAAAUUAUAUGGAUUGAUUUUUUUUUUUUUUUUUUCUAUUUUUCUCAAUUUAUAUUUUGGUAUUCCUAGAUUUUCUCUUAAACUUUUUUGCCUUGCAAAACUUUGUGGAACCUUUUUAUCCUCUAUUAAAAAAAAAGAAAAAGAAAAAAAGUAACAAAGUCCUCGAGUUGAUAAUUCUUAGAUAGUACAUUAAUUUAUCUUUCUACAGCAAUUUAUAGUUUUGUCAUUAAAGGAAAUGCAAGCAAGAUGUUUGCUUUCACAUUCUUGAAAACUCUCUAUAUAUGUAUUCUCAUUAGUUUUUACAUCUUUCUCUCAUGCUCACAUGGGUUUGGUCACAACCCUUAAUUGUUUUUCAAGUAAGGGAUCUCUUAUUUCAUAUAUGUCUUUAAAGGCACAAAUAUAUUUCUUCUGACUAGAUGUCAGAUGUCUUUCAAAAAAUAAACAAGCUAAUCAGAAUUGUAAUGAUAUCGAUUCCAUAAAACAAAAAAAGAGGUCUUUGUUAUUUUCUUUUUGUUUUUUUUAAUAGUAAAAAAAAGAUACCCUUUGCAAUAAAAUGCUUUAUCGUUAUUGUUACUGAGAAGUUUGGCUAUGCUGGAUUGCUUUUAGGGGAAAACAACAAGUACAAGGUGAAGUUUGAUGAUCCUCGGGUAUGUAAGAGUUUCCUGCUUGGCUGCUGCCCCCAUGACAUACUCUCGAGCACGUAAACCAUUGCUACAGGUUUGAUGGAGUCUUCUUGGUACUAGCAAAUUGCUAUUAAAUCAGUGCUUUUUACUACAUCGCAUGGAUUUAGGAGAAUGUCCUAAAAUACAUGAUUUAGCCCUCAGAGCUGACUAUGAACAAGCAACCAAAGGAAAAGACUAUUAUUAUGACAUUGAUGCUAUGGAACAUCUUCAGUCGUUUAUUGCUGAAUGUGACAGAAAAACAGAACUUGCAAAACGACGGUUGAAAGAAACCCAAGAAGAGCUUAGUGAAGAAGCAAACCAGAAGGCUGAAAUUAUUCAUCAACUUGGUGAACAAAUUGGUACUAAAUUAGCAAAAGCUGAGACUGUUGGAGCUGAAGGACAUGUAAAUGAAUCUCUAAAAUUGAUGGAAGAAGUAGAAGAGUUAAAAAAACAAAAAGGACAAGCUGAGAUUGAAUAUAGAAAUUCAAUGCCAGCUUCCAGCUAUCAACAACAGAAACUCCGUGUUUGUGAAGUAUGUUCAGCUUAUUUGGGUAUCCAUGAUAAUGAUAGACGGCUUGCAGAUCAUUUUGGAGGCAAAUUACAUCUUGGCUUCAUCACAAUUAGAGAAAAAUUAGAAGAUCUCAAGAAAAGCGUUGCUGAAAGAAGAGCUCAGAGGGAGAAGGAACGAGAAGAACGUCGUAAAAGAGAACAAGAAAAAAUAGGUGACAGGGAAAAGGAAAAACGAAAGAGCCGCAGUCCUAGCCGAAAUCAUCGCAGUAGCAGAAGUCAUAGCAGAGAUAGAAGGAAACGGUCUCGGAGUCGUAGUCGAAGAUCUUGCAAACGUUCCCGAUCUCGGUCUCAUUCUCGACGUUCAGGAUCUCGUUCAAAGCGCUCACGGUCUCGUUCUCGAUCUAGAUACUCGAGGUGAAAUAGUGCUUUGAUGUGAGAAUUUGUACAUACUGUCUUUAACUGAAAACUUAAGAUCUCGGUAAGGGAGGCUGCAUGGUUAAAAAAAAACAAAAGUGGAAGACAAGGAGAUAAUAAAAAUACUAAGUUCAGAAUGUCUGGUCACAUUUUGCUAUUAUAGGCUUCCACUGGACUUUGCUAGUUAAGACUUUUUAUUAAAGAUUUAUAUAUCUUAAUAAACUUGGUUGAUAAAAACUGAUUUUAUUUAAUAUAUUUUCCCCCUACAAAGUCAAAUCUCUUUUACUGGAAAAGUCUCUUGCUUUCAGAUUUGACAUCAUUCACAUGAGGAGGUUUGCUUGAAAAUUUAUAACAGUUAAAGUAUUAGAUCAUAAAGAAUUGGCAGGUGAACAACUCGAUGUCAAGUGACAUUGUAUUUAAGGAUAGAUUUAAGUGUAGCCCUUAAGUUGUAUAGUUUUGUUUAAAUUUCUAAAUAAAAUUGUUGACAAUUGA